AUGUCUUCUUCUAGUUCCAACUCAGAAGCUGAAAGGCGCGCCAAAGCUUUGCAAGAUUAUCGUAAAAGUUUAUUAGAACACCGUGAAACAGAAGCAAAAGUUAAAGAGAUUCGACUUGGACUGCGUGAACUCGAGAAGCAAUAUGAUAAAACUGAAGAAGACAUCAAAGCCCUACAGAGUGUAGGUCAAAUCAUAGGGGAAGUGUUGAAACAAUUAGAUGAAGAACGAUUUAUCGUGAAGGCUUCUUCCGGUCCACGAUAUGUGGUUGGGUGCCGUAAUAAAGUCAAUAAAGAAAAGCUUAAACAAGGCACGCGUGUAGCUUUGGACAUGACAACUUUGACCAUUAUGCGCAUGUUGCCAAGGGAAGUAGAUCCAUUGGUGUACAAUAUGAGCUUGGAAGACCCUGGAAAGAUAAAUUUUGCAGGCAUUGGGGGGCUUAGCGAACAAAUUCGAGAACUUCGUGAGGUUAUAGAACUACCAUUGAUGAAUCCCGAACUUUUUCUUCGUGUUGGUAUUAAACCACCAAAAGGUGUUCUCUUAUAUGGUCCUCCAGGCACUGGAAAAACUCUCCUGGCUCGUGCCGUUGCUAGUACUUUAGAAACAAAUUUUUUGAAAGUUGUUUCAAGUGCCAUUGUUGAUAAGUAUAUCGGAGAGAGUGCGAGAUUAAUUAGAGAAAUGUUUGGAUAUGCGAAAGAUCACGAGCCUUGCAUUAUUUUCAUGGACGAGAUUGACGCAAUUGGAGGGAGACGUUUCUCCGAAGGCACAAGUGCAGAUCGUGAAAUUCAGAGAACCCUUAUGGAGCUGUUGAAUCAAAUGGAUGGUUUUGAUUAUCUUGGACAAACGAAGCUGAUCAUGGCUACUAAUAGGCCGGAUACUUUAGAUCCAGCUUUACUACGACCUGGACGAUUGGAUCGUAAGAUUGAAAUUCCAUUGCCAAAUGAACUGGGACGUCUUGAGAUUUUGAAAAUCCAUUCCGCACCUAUAACCAAACAUGGCGAUAUUGUUCCGCUGACCGUGGUCAAGAAAAAGAAAUAUGAAGAUAAAUCGACAGCAAUUCAAAAAAUUCAAGACGCAGUUAAACAAUUCAAUCAUAUAUGGAGGAUAGAAGCACGAGAAAUGCGGAAUCAGUUUUUGCAACAAGUUAGAGUAGAUUGGGCAACAACAGGAAGGAAAGCAUUGGGAGAAGACAGUUCCUCCGAAUGUGAAAAAAAUAUAUCUGAAUUUGCCAAUGUAAUUGAAAAUGAAGCAGGCAUAUUAUGUACUAAUCAAUCCAUAGAAGUUGUCAAAGAAUAUUUAACAAAUUUUGUUCGGAAAGAUUUUGCAAGAACCGGAAGUAUCGUGAAUCAAACUGUGACGAUUCCUGCAGGCCUAGUUAAAUACGGUGGUGACAUCGAUGGUCAGCCAGUACCACACACUUUAAACCAGAUGUUAAAUAAAUUAGGGUUACCUUCGGUCUUGGAUAAACAGAUGGUAAUGAUGCCCGAUGAAUUCACUAUUUGUAGGAGUGGAGAUAAAUUGAGUGAGGAACAAGCUCAUUUGUUGAGACAACUAGGAUAUCAACUUUCGGAGUUUAGAUUAGUUGGUACACAUUAUUACGAUAAACUAAAAAAAGAAACUAUUACAUUAUAA